CUUGAGCCGACCCGCUUUCCGUCGUCGCAGCCAACCUCUCCGCAACGUUUCCUGGGGAAGUUAGUCUUCACGAUUAGGUUGCUCAUAGUGCAGCUUCGGCGAGCGUCGGACCAGAGAACUACAAGGGGUGGUGCUCAAGUCGUGAGGUUCUUCCGCCUCGCCUUUCCCUCCCCGCCUGCGCGCCCACCCCAGCUAUCAUGGCGGCUCCCUUGGCCCUAGUGCUGGUGUUGGCUGUGACCGUGAGGGCGGCCUUGUUCCGCUCCAGCUUGGUCGAAUUUAUUUCUGAGCGGGUUGAGGUGGUGUCCCCACUGAGUUCUUGGAAGAGAGUGGUUGAAGGCCUUUCAUUGUUGGACUUGGGAGUGUCUCCGUAUUCAGGAGCAGUAUUCCAUGAAACUCCAUUGAUCAUAUACCUCUUUCAUUUCCUGAUUGAUUAUGCUGAAUUGGUGUUCAUGAUAACUGAUGCCCUCACUGCUAUUGCCCUGUAUUUUGCAAUCCAGGACUUCAAUAAAGUUGUGUUUAAAAAACAGAAACUCCUCUUAGAACUGGACCAGUAUGCCCCAGAUGUGGCUGAACUCAUUCGAACCCCAAUGGAAAUGCGUUACAUUCCUCUGAAAGUGGCCCUGUUCUAUCUCUUAAAUCCCUACACAGUCUUGUCUUGUGUGGCCAAGUCUACCUGCACAAUCAACAACACCCUCAUUGCUUUCUUCAUUUUGACCACAAUAAAAGGCAGUGCCUUCCUCAGUGCUAUUUUUCUUGCCUUAGCAACAUACCAGUCUCUGUACCCACUCACCUUGUUUGUCCCAGGACUCCUCUAUCUCCUUCAGCGGCAGUACAUACCAGUGAAAGUCAAGAGCAAAGCCUUCUGGAUCUUCUCUUGGGAGUAUGCCAUGAUGUAUAUGGGAAGUCUGGUAGUAAUCAUUUGCCUGUCGUUCUUCCUUCUCAGCUCCUGGGAUUUCAUCCCUGCUGUCUAUGGUUUCAUACUUUCUGUUCCAGAUCUCACUCCAAACAUUGGUCUUUUCUGGUACUUCUUUGCAGAGAUGUUUGAGCACUUCAGUCUUUUCUUUGUAUGCGUGUUUCAGAUCAACGUCUUCUUCUACACCAUUCCCUUAGCCAUAAAACUAAAGGAGCACCCCAUCUUCUUCAUGUUCAUCCAGAUUGCAGUCAUCUCUAUCUUCAAGUCCUAUCCAACAGUUGGGGAUGUGGCACUCUACAUGGCCUUCUUCCCCGUGUGGAACCAUCUCUACAGAUUUCUGCGAAACAUCUUUGUCCUCACCUGUGUCAUUAUCGUCUGCUCCCUACUCUUUCCCGUUCUGUGGCACCUCUGGAUUUAUGCAGGAAGUGCCAACUCGAACUUCUAUUAUGCCAUCACACUGACGUUCAACGUUGGACAGAUCCUGCUCAUCUCUGACUACUUUUAUGCCUUCCUGCGGCGGGAGUACUACCUCACACAUGGACUCUACUUGACCACCAAGGACGGCACGGAAGCUAUGCUUGUGCUCAAGUAGGCCUGGCUGGGCACAGAGCUGUAAACUUAGGGGGAAUGGAAAGGCCUGGAACUGGGCCAUGCCCUUCAGCCAGGGUUGCCAGCAGUCUUAUUCCCAGGCAGAUGGGGUUCAAGCCCAGGGUCACAAAUUCCUGGCACCAGAGGGUGGCCAUGGCUGGCAGCAAGGCCUAUAGAGAGGAGCCAGGAGCAUCUCCACUUGGACCCCCACUUUGUGGCUCUUCACGCCAAGGAGCUUCCUCCCAAGCAAGAAGGAGCAGAGCAGGUGGGAAGGAUCUGUUGGGUUAUGGCUACUUAAUAAACGUUUUUUGUUACAAACAAGUCUA